GACUUGUAAUACUGGGUCAUCAGGUAAAAACACAUUUCCAUGGAUCUAACGCACAAACACAUGCUGAUGAUUCGUGCCAAGCUGAAGAAACUAAAACACGAGCUUCUUGGACACACAGCAAGUCUGCUUUCUUAUGAAGGCAUCUGUGGGACAAACGUGGUGACAGAAGGGAAGCUGAAGCUGUCCAAGCACCACUGUAGCCUCGGAUCACCCACCGCAGUCGUCACACCUCGCUGGCAUCACUGUAAACGAGCCUUUAACACCUUAAAGGUAGGUAGUCUAUGAUUACUGACUCGCUUUAAGGGAAAAAAGUUCCAUGUGACCAAACUAGGAAAUGGAUUUCGACACUUCCGCGUUCGCUUUAUGAGUCUGCAGAAUCCUCGGUUCGUCUUCAGAUCGCUACUACAAUUCCCAGAAUGCCGCGGUGGCUUUCCGUUCGACUCUGUAGAGCGCCGUGUGUGGUAACCUGUAAUCAUGGAGGUGACGGCAGCCCGCCGCUCGUUUCUGUGCGACAUCGGUAAGCAUCGUCAGCAGUUAACGGUUUACACCUCAGCUCAUCCACAGGAACGGCUGACGUCCGAUUAUAACACCGUGUGUUCGCUGCCAAAAGCGGGUUUUAACCGGGAAAUGUAGGCGGAGAAUAACAGUCCCGUCAGUGUCGAGGAAGUUCGGCCGCUGCACAGACCAAGUCAUUUGGUAGCUAACCGGCUUAGAGCUAGAUGACAUGCUCGGAGUUCCUCUGUAAAUGAAGAGCAAAUGCGACAUUUACAAGACUACACUCUAACUAAUGGACGUAAACAUGAUGAAUGAGGCCAAAAAGACUUCGUUAUUUCUACCGCACUGCUCUGCACGAAGCAGCAUCCCACGGCAGGACUUUGCAGUUGAAGCAGCUGAUAGAAAACGGAGCGUCCGUCAACAUGGUGACUGUGGAUAACAUCACUCCUCUACAUGAAGCCUGCAUCCAGGCCCAUCCAAACUGUGCUCGCCUGCUGCUGGAGGCAGGAGCCCAGGUGGAUGUACGCACCAUCCAUGGUAGCACGCCUCUUUGUAAUGCUUGUGCUGCUGGCAGCCUGGAAUGUGCCAAGCUGCUGCUGGACUAUGGAGCCAAGGUGAACCCGUCCCUCACAGCCCUCACUGCCUCACCGCUCCACGAGGCCUGCAUACAAGGUAACCCCCAAGUUGUGAGACUGCUGAUAGCCAGCGGUGCCAAGCUGGAGGCAUUUGACGUCCACUUUGGGCCUCCCCUUCACAUAGCAUGUGCUAAAGAACAUCUGAAUUGUGUCAAGGAGCUGCUAACUGCAGGUGCUAAUGUGAAUUCAGUGAAGUUCCAUGAAAUGGCGUUGCAUCACGCAGCUCGGGUCGGUAUGGUGGAAAUGAUUGAGCUGCUGGUGGAGUUUGGGGCCAAUGUGUACGCCAGCGACAACCUGGGAAGGAAGCCUAUAGACUACACAACACCUGCAUCUCCCUCGUACACCUGCCUCAGGUUUUAUGAAAGUAAUCCUUUGAGCCUGCAGCAGCUUUGCAGGAUUGCUGUGAGGAGGAUGCUGGGUACCAGAGCAUCAGAGGUCCUGAGCCAGCUGAAUAUAUCCCACCGCAUCAACAGCUACCUCCAGUACUGUGAUCGUCCCAUAUCCCUACAGACUUACACAUGAACAUUUAGUGUACAAGGUUUAAAAUGUCCCCUGAAAAAUGUUUGCCAUUCAGAUGAAACACGUGUAACCAGGAUGAAAAUCUCUGUACGGAGUCAGUUCAACACUGUAUGUCAAAUUAAAGCAAUUGAUUGCUGAAUGAGAA